GAAAAUGCAUUAUACAACAUCGUGUACACUUUAUAACAAACGCACACGAGUUCGUGUUAUUGACUACCAGAUGUUUGUAGCAACUGAAGUAAACGAGAUACAUGUUUCGUAUGUAGUUUGAUAGUUUCUCAACGAGCGUAAUAAUAUUUAAUUAAUAAUUUCACAAUUAAGUUAUGGCCACUGUAGGCAUCAAUGGAUUUGGUAGAAUAGGAAGGAUGUGUCUUCGUGCUUGCAUAGAAAAGAGUAUUGAAGUUAAACUAAUCAACGAUCCUUAUAUUACAACCGAUUAUAUGUUAUAUUUAUUCAAAUACGAUUCAACUCAUGGCACCUAUCCGUUAAGGCUGGAGUGCGAAGACGGGAAUAUUGUUAUUGCAGAUAAGAAAAUCUGCACAUCGCAAGAAAAAAAUCCAAGCAAAAUAAAAUGGAAAGAUGCUGGCGUUGUUUAUGUAAUUGAAGCUACUGGUGUAUUUAAUACCUUGGACAAAGCAGGGUUACACAUGGACGGCGGCGCUAAAAGGGUUAUUAUCACGGCACCAUCCGUUGACGCGCCAAUGAUUAUUUUUGGCGUGAAUCAAAGUUGUUACGACCCAACAAAAAGUAAAAUCGUAUCAACUGCUUCCUGCACAACCAAUUGUGCAGCACCGCUUAUCCAAGUUAUGCACGAAAAUUUCGAUGUUAUCGAGGUGAUGAUCAGCAGCGUGCAUGCUUUGACACCGUCCCAAAGAAUUUUGGAUGGACCUAUAGAGAGAGGAAAAUUAUGGAGAGAUGGCAGAAGCGGUGUACAAAAUAUAAUUCCAACAUCUUCUGGAGCAGCCAAAUCGUUGGACAAAAUUAUUCCUGACCUGAAAGGCAAAAUUUCUGCAAUAGCUUUCAGAGUACCGGUCCCAAAUGUCUCUUUGUGCGAUAUGACGUUCAGGGUGAACAAGCCCACGACAUACGAAGAAGUGAAGGACGCAAUGAAAAUGGCGUCGGAAGUUUCUCACGCGAACAUCAUCGGCUACACAGACGACGACUGCGUGUCAUCUGAUUUCAUGAACACGAGUUAUUCGUGUAUAUUUGACGCGAAAGCUGGCAUUCCGCAAACAAGUACAUUCAUCAAAGUUGUCGCAUGGUACGACAACGAGUACGGUUACGCGAAUCGUGUGGUAGAUCUGGUGGAGUACAUGCAUAAAGUUGAUUCUGGGGAAGAGACUGCAAUGAGACCAGACGAAGGUUCGGUAAACGAUGAUGCAUAGAGAUCGUGCAAUGUCAUUUCAGUGUUCAAAUAAAACGUCACAAUAAUUAGA